UCCGGAGCUCGCCCUGGCAGUUCCGCUCUGCGUGGCCACACGCCAGUGUUACGUCGUAGCCAUAGCAACAGUCAGAGUGAGGCUCACAGCGGGAGAAACACGAGUUUAAGGUAUUUUGUGAUUAUUUGGACCUUCAGUCGGAUCGAUACUGUUGAUAAUGGGAGACAAGGAGAGGAUGAUGGAGGAGGAGAAGGAGGGGAAUUUCACAAUGGUUCAUCACUGUCCUCCAAUGUAUCCACUGCCUGAAGAAAUAAAGAAGAUGGAUCGCAGUGAGACAGUGUGUCGUUACUGUGGUGUAAGUUACCUCAUUUACCACGAGUUCCAUCAGCUCAACACCCGACUGGCUCAGUUGGAGACAGAGCUCCAGGAGCUGAGAGAGGCCGCCCAGAGAGAGAAGGCCCAGCGCGAGGCACUGGAGCUGAGCAGGCUGGAGUGGGAGACGGCACUUAACCUGGAGGUGCAAAGAAAAGCAGAGGAGAGAGAAACCAGCAUGAAAGAAGAGCUGGAAGAGAAGCGCAGAGACACAGAGAGGCUUCUGAGAGAGGAAAAUGACAGGAGGGGGAGAGAGAUGGAGGAGGACUAUGAGAAAAUCAGUGAAGAAAAAGAGAAAAAACUUAGAGGCGAGCUGGGAGACUUGGAGGUGGAGAGACUGAGGAGGCAGAGAGAAGAGCUGGAGAGAAGGAAUGAGGAGAGAGAGAAAGUUCUGAGUGACGCACUUCAUAAGGCCAAUACAAAUUUAGACGAGCUGAGAAAAUACCUUCAACAAGUGGAAGAGAGGCUGGCGGUGGCAGCUUCCAGGAAGAAAGAGGCCGAGCAGUUACUCAAAAAAGAGACACGGCAAGGAGAAAUCCUCAGAGGUGUGUGCGUGCAGCAGGUGAAGGCCUUGCGAGCGACUCUCAUCGUGCUCCUCUCCUCUGCCAGCGAGCUCACUGAUAUACGGGGUUUCCUCAGCCAACUGACGGGGGCCUGGCAGGCCUUUAAAUCUCAGAUACUGCAGCACAGCACACAGGUGCUCUCAGUGCUGAAAGAGGAGCUGAAACAUUCCAGUGAGGAGUUACAGAAAACGACAGAAGCAAGAGAGAAGCUAACUCAGCAGCUGAUGCAGCAGAGGAGGCAGAGUGAGGAACAGCUGUCCCAACAGCAAGACUCUGAGAAGGAGCACAGAGGAAGAAUACUCAGGUUAAAAGAUGAGUUGGAGGCGAAACACGAGAGGUGGUUAUCAUGCCAACAAAGGUGCGACACCAUACAGGAGCAGCUGUCAUCGUGGCAACAGAGACAGGAAGAAACAAAACGGAAGUAUUGCGCAGCAGAAGAAGAAGUGGCACGACUGAGGGAAGCCCUGGAGAAGGACCAGCAGGAAACGAGAGAGCUGAGGAAAGAAAGAGACAUAUUGAUAGACUCCCAUGGCAGAACCCUGGAAAAGAUGGAGGACGACUGCAGGCAGCAACUGGCUUCAAAGCUGGCUGCUACCCUGGAAGAGCAGAGGACCCAGAGUGCAUUGCAGCUGAGGGAGCAGAUGGAGGAGUUUCGCAGGGAGGUGGAGCUGGAGAUGACCAUCGACAGGGAGAAGAACCGACUGCUGCUUCUACAUUACCAACGAGACAGCACGCAGCUUCAGCAGAAGUUGAAGCAGAGAGAGCAGGAGCUGGGAGGACUAAAAGAGGAGCUGCUGAAGGAGAGGAGGAGCAGGGAGGAGGAGAGGAGGACACAAGUUGAACAGAGGAGGAGGAGAGAGGAGGAGACACAUCAGCAGCUACAGCUCUCCCAACAGCAGGAGGCACUACAGCUGAGCGAACUUAAGCUGACAAAUGAGAGGAAUGCUGAACUACUAGAAGAGGUGGCGUUACUCCAGGAGACAGUGAGGAGGGAGUGUCAGGAGAGGGAGGAGCUGACCGCUGCUCUGUCUGCAGCUCAGGUGGAGCUCCUUGGUCUGCGCUCCCCUUCGUCUCAUCAGGCCUCCACCAGGUCUCCUCCAAACCCCACAGAGAGACACGCACCCCCGGGGAACAAGCAUUUCCACCUCCAGAGUCAAGGCCGGGCUCCUCUUACCCGCUCCUCGACCUCCCCAAACACACUCCGACCCUCCCCUGCUCACACAGACAAAGGCAGGGGCAGCACAGAUGGAGGAGGAGCAGGGAAGAGUGUGGAGUCCUGGAAUGGUGGUGGGUUGUCGGGUGAAGAGAAACAGCGAGAGGGGACCUUACCCAGACUGAAAGCAAGCAGCACAGUGAGAGAAGGCAAGAGGAAGGUCCCUUCAGUGAUGUGGAGGAAGGAGAGACAGUAACAAGCAAAACAAAAUCAUCAGGAUAAACAUUAUUUUCGUGUUGUUUCAAAAUAGUAUUUAUUGUAUUAUUUAUCUUUUAUAUAUAAUAAAGCCUUUUAGACAAAUAUCCCUCAAGAUGCCGUCCUCUGAAAGUACAUAUACAUACAGUAUGUGCACACUGACACACACUUGAUACACCAGGCACAACUGCUGAGUCCUGUUCGUACAACCAGCAAACUCCCAGGACGCAGACCAUCCGACAGACAUGCACUUGUUUUCUCACAACCCGCCUCACGCAGUCUCAGUGGCACGCACAGGAUUUCACAGACAAACACCCGAGCACGCACAAAGUAUCUACGCACACAGACAUGUACACACAGUCUGUCACAAGGGCAGCGCUGAAGGAGCAUGACAGCAUGUCCCUUGCCACCCAUGGACACACACAAAAGGCAGGCAAACACAAAAGAAACUGUAAGGCAGCAAGUGCACCCCCCCAGACACACACACACACACACACACACACACACAUACACACACAAUUACCCAGCCCUCUCCCCUCAGGCAUUGUGUGUUAUUGACAUCAUUCACUCCGUGCAAGGUCUUUCCAUCCCUCCCUCUUCCUCUCCCUGAACAUUUGGGAUGAAUUGUCAUGAUGGGAGAAGAGUGUGUGAGAGUGUGUGAGAGUGUGUGUGUGUGUGUGUGUGUGUGACAUGUUACUGAUUUCCCCACUUACUGGCACACAUGGAAAGCUUUUGGUUUAACUUCCCUGCAUCCUCUCUUCUAAUCUGCCUGCGAGACAAUGCCCUUCGUUCAUGCUGUAAAAACUUGGAUGUAAUGAUUUUAUUCAGCCAAAGUUUCCUGUUUGCCAAAACACACACAUAUCUGCUGCAAACCUGUGUGGAGAGGACAUGCCCUAACGCAGAACAAUGAACAUUCUGUGCCAUCGAAGCCUCAUUUUCUACCUCCUCUGUUUUUGCCAGAUGGGGAAAUGGGAAAGUUCCUAUCACACAUAAACCGAUCCAUGUUUUCGUCUUAACUUGCAUUGCUGAUAAAGAAAUGAAUUGAGCUUUUUUAAACGUCAUUGAAUAACGUUCGUUGACAUUUUU